CCAGCCUUCGUCAUGGAUAUUAAGUAAGUCCAACAGCAGGUCGACAUGGUCAAAAUUCCCGAGGACAUGAGUUUGAACAUAGUCGUCGCCCACAAGCAUCAGGAGCUUGUUGUUGCUCGAAGGCACAGAUAUACCGGAUGUGGGCGGCUUGCUCGGCCACGUUAGCAAUGAUGUCAUGCUCACCAGGGGAUGAAUCAGCCUGGGGUAUAAAUGUUGGGCGCAAGAUCAGGUCGAGUGCUGCGUGCUCUUGCACUUCUGUCGUAUCUGCUGCCCCGGGAGUGAGUCUCGACAGAGCGUCUUCAUCCUCGAUCAAUACCACAGUUCGCACUCAUCAAUCAUGGCCGAUAAAGUACACAAGAAAACGCAAGACUUGGUUUGGGACAUCAAGUCAGGUCUUCAUGGCAUCCAUGGGGCAGGAGAAGCACUCCGUGGUGGUGCGAUGGAAGCACUCGAUGGAAUCUUUCACAAGCACGAAGGCGAAGAGAGAAACAAGGAGAUUGCAGAGAGGGGUCUUGCAGAGAUAAGAGAAGGUGAGGCAGGCAUGGAUGGCAAACGCCAACACAACGCUGCAGCCGGCCAGGGUAGCCAUCUUGCGAGUGCAAAUGCGAGUAUUACUGUGCCGGCACAACCCAGUGCCGGUGUUGGGCCAGGGUCUCGUGAUGGGUUGAGGGAGGCGAAGCUGGCGAACCAUAAUCAUCUCGAUCAUUCAACUGGGCCGGGAAGUGGUGUUCGCUUCGCUUGAGAUGAGUGUGAUGCAACAGGUUUUCGGCCGACUUCAGAUUAGGCGAGGAAACAUUCACCUAUCACCCGAGGCAGCUGGCUAGCAUUGCGUGGUGAGGAAGCGAGCAAUGGCGGCCUCAUUUGUGCUGGCCAGCAUGCAUCUUGUGGUAGUGUGGGCAUGAGGCACGUGGCCUAGCCUUUCCGCAUGGCCCUUGUGCCAAAAGAACUUCAUCAACGGUGCAUGCUCUCUUGUUGAUCAUGAACAAUUCAAAUGAAC